UGAUGCUAAUCAUAGACUCGAGGGCGUAGUGGUUUUUGUGUUCUUGCUCAGCCUCGAGUCUUUUGACGCCAAGAGCUGAUGCUCAAGCCAAUUGGGCGUUGCCGUGACACUAGUAUUAAUAGCGACGAGACCGAGAAGCUGGCGUCGUUGCGUGUAUGCAGGGACGGAGUUAUUUCUGUGUGAAGAAGAAGAUUGGUGAGGCGGGGUUUCAUUUUUAAACUUCCGCUUCCAAUUUGGUGAAACGUGUGCAGCUUCCCACUCCAGCAGUAGAGCCUCCGUGCGCAGCAGAAACCGAGCCGCCCGCGUCUGCUCGCUUGCGCGCUACCCCACAUCGUUCGCGACCGUCGAAGAAGUAGCCCUUUGGCAGCCCUCGGCAGUGAGCAAAGGUAACACUGAGUCAACAUGGGACUCUGUGCUUCCCAGAUGAACGAUAACGAUCGGCAGGCGAUGGCCAAGUCCCGUGAGAUUGAAGCUAAGAACGAGGAGGCUCACCGCGUGGAACAGGAGAAGGUUAAGCUGUUGCUGCUAGGUGCAGGCGAGUCAGGCAAGAGUACGGUCUUUAAGCAGAUGAAGAUUUUGUUUGGCGCAGCUCUUACUGAAGAUGAGAAGCGGCACUGCACACCAAUUAUAUAUAACAACGUGGUGACGUCCAUGAAGAUGCUGAUCGAGCAGUGUGCGGAAAUGAAACUGAAAGGCGACGUGGUGUGCGUACAAGAUUUCGAGGACAUUCGGACGCUGAGCGAUGAGGCAGAAGUGAACCUCGUCAUAGGUCAGAAGAUCAAAAACUUGUGGUCGGACCCUGGCAUUGUAGCUACCUGGAACCGACGAGCAGAGUUCCAGAUCAUUGAGUCGGUCAAAUACUACUUCAAUGACCUGGAUCGCAUCAUGCGUGACGACUACGCAGCGACGCAACAAGAUAUGCUGUACGCACGUGUGCGUACAUCCGGUAUCGUAGAAGAACGGUACCAGAUCGAUGGCGCCACUUUCGUCAUGUACGAUGUCGGUGGACAGCGUAACGAGCGUAAGAAGUGGAUCCACUGCUUCGAGGACGUGACAGCAGUGAUUUUCGUGGCAGCACUGAGUGAGUACGAUCAGUCUUUGUACGAAGAUGCGUCCACAAACCGUAUGAUCGAGGCCAUCACCUUGUUCGACGAGAUCAUCAACAACAAGUUCUUCCUGAACUCAGCUAUGAUCCUGUUCCUCAACAAGAAGGACUUGUUCCAGGACAAGAUCAAAAAGGUGGACCCGAAGACCGUCGAAGUGUUUAAAGACUUCCCCGGUGGCAUUGGUGACUACGAGCUGGGUGUGCAAUAUUUCCUAGGAAAGUUUAUGGAGAUGAACCGCCAGCCCGAGAAGGAGAUCUACCACCACGUGACUUGUGCCACGGACUCGCAGAACGUCCAAGUCGUGUUCAACGCCUGCAAAGAUAUUAUUUUAAAGCAGAAUAUCAAGGGCUCUGGCUUCAUGUAGGCAAGCGCAAGACUUGUACACGACAAUGACAAACGCACGUCGACCAGGUAA